UGACUAGGAAGAUGCGUUUGACUUUCUCUCUCUUUGUAAAUAAAUAAGCGAGACAGAGUCAUCAACGCUCCUUUAGUAGUGGGCACCCAGUCACGCAGAAACCACAGCCCUGUUAAUAUUCUCUCGUCAAUUGCAAGAAACAAGAGGAAAGAAAAAGAAGAGGAAAACUGAAAACACGAAACGUAACCAACUAUGGCAGUGGAAGCACCUCACAACCUCUUCCCUCCACAACAGUUUCUGAGUAACACAGAAUUCAUGAAGCUGAGCCACAACCAGUACCAGCAGCACAACAUGAUGAUGGACGCUGGAAUAAUAACCAUGAAUAACAACAACAAUACAGCUUCAACAACAACAAUGCCGGAAUCGUUGCUGAUGCCUCUCUACGCAUCCUGCGAUCCAAACUCGAUAAACAAAUCAGACAGCGGCCUCACAUAUCACCACCGCAUCUCUCUCCCUCGGAAGCGUUCCAGAGAAGACUCCAUAGCUGAAUCAUCCAACGUCCUCCCGCUUCCUCAGAAAAGCAAACUCUCUUCUCCCUUCCUCCACCACCAUAACAACCUCCUCCUCCACCACCUUAACAACCAACACUCCGAGAUCGACCAACUCAUCUCCCAACACACGGAGAGAGUGAGAUUGGAACUGGAGGAACAGAGAACGAGGCAGUCAAGAACGUUUCUGACCGCAAUCCAAGAAGCGGUUAUCACGAAGCUGAAGGAGAAGGACGACGAGAUUCAAAGAAUGGGGAAACUGAACUUUGCUCUACAAGAACGCGUAAAAUCGCUCUGCCUCGAGAAUCAGCUAUGGAGGGACCUCGCUCAGACCAACGAAGCCACCGCCAACUCCCUCCGAUCCAAUCUAGAACAAGUCCUCGCUCACGUCGCCACCGACGACAACCACCAACACCACAACAACAAUAACGGUUACGGUUACGACGACGAGGCGGAAUCGAGUUGCGCCAGCAACAACCGCCACCUCCGCCUCGAGGAUGACGCCGACGACGGAGGAGACUCCGGCGCCGCCGCAGUGAGGAUGUGCAAGAAAUGUGGGGAGAGAGAGUCGAUAGUGUUGUUGCUACCGUGUAGGCAUCUCUGCCUCUGCACAGCAUGUGGGUCCACCGUUCGGAACUGCCCUCUCUGCAAUUCUGGCAUCAAUGCGAGUGUUCAUGUUAAUCUCUCUUAGCACUUUUUUUUUUCAUACUUUGUUUUUAAAUACCAUCCAAAAUUAGAUGAAAUUAGUUUUUUUCUUUCUUUUUGUUUCUUUUGGGUGUCCAAAGGGCAGUGUAAUCGUAGAUAGAGUUGACCCUAGAAGGGGAAAAAAUUAGAAUUCUUUUGUUAAUGUACAGAUUUUAUUUGAUUUUUCACUUUUUCUUA